AUGUCUUCUUCUCCUCAAGAUUAUCUUCAUCAUAAUUUAAUUGCUUCUACUGUCUGUUUUUUUUCUCUCUCUCUCUCUCUCUCAUUUCCACCCUCUCUUUCUUACCUCCUUUUUCUGUCUCUCUCUUUCUUCCCAUCUUUCUCUUUCUGUCUCUGUCUUUCUUCCCAUCUUUCUCUUUCUGUCUCUGUCUUUCUUCCCAUCUUUCUCUUUCUGUCUCUGUCUUUCUUCCCAUCUUUCUCUUUCUGUCUCUGUCUUUCUUCCCAUCUUUCUCUUUCUGUCUCUGUCUUUCUUCCCAUCUUUCUCUUUCUGUCUCUGUCUUUCUUCCCAUCUUUCUCUUUCUGUCUCUGUCUUUCUUCCCAUCUUUCUCUUUCUGUCUCUGUCUUUCUUCCCAUCUUUCUCUUUCUGUCUCUCUCUUUCUUCCCAUCUUUCUCUUUCUGUCUCUCUCCCUUUCUGUCUCUCUCUCCCUUUCUGUCUCUCUCUCCCUUUCUGUCUCUCUCUCCCUUUCUGUCUCUCUCUCCCUUUCUGUCUCUCUCUCCCUUUCUGUCUCUCUCUUUCUGUCUCUUUCUUUCUGUCUCUUUCUUUCUUUCUGUGUCUCUCCCUUUCUGUGUCUUUCUUUCUUUCUGUGUCUCUCCCUUUCUGUCUCUUUCUUUCUUUCUGUGUCUCUCCCUUUCUGUCUCUUUCUUUCUUUCUGUGUCUCUCCCUUUCUGUCUCUUUCUUUCUUUCUGUGUCUCUCCCUUUCUGUCUCUUUCUUUCUUGCUGUGUCUCUCCCUUUCUGUCUCUUUCUUCCUUGCUGUGUCUCUCCCUUUCUGUCUCUUUCUUCCUUGCUGUGUCUCUGUCUCUCUCUCUCUCUCUCUCUCAAAUGUAUAG